CAAUGCAUCCCUGACCUGUCUCAGUAUCGCCAUUAUUCCUCGAAUUGACCAUGGCUUUAUUAUAUGUUGGUGCGAGACCUCGACCUAAAGAUGAUCAGCGAGGACGCCGACCAUUGUCAACUUCACCAAACUGAAGAUUAGAUACGUCCUGGAACAGUCAACAUGCAUGAGCUCGCGAUGCUUAUUCAGCCCACAACGUCGUCUGUUUGCUCUUUCCAGACUGAUGGCCGUAGUCGUGGCUCCAAGCCCUUCAACAUCGAGUGCUCAGUGUUGAGAUCCUAUAUACCUACACAGGUAGGCGUAUGGCAUGUGUUUCCUGCCACGCCGUGUACUUACCAUUCAACCACUAAUGGGAUGCUCGAAUAUAGCUGUUGUUUGACGAGACGUCGGCAGCGAGAUUUGGCAAUCUUUCAUGCGAUCCAAGCAAGUGCAGCUUCCAUUCUGAUUAGCAGCUCAGCUGGACGAGAAGGACUUGAUCGCCCACGAUGGCAUCCUCAAGGAAUCUUCGGCCGCCGGGAAAACAUGAUGGAACCGGAAUACAUCAAGGAGUCAGAUGAUGAUAGGAUUGCAGAGUCUGUGGGCCAACAAGACAACCUUCUUCUGGACUUCUCCCCAGUCAAUUCAGAGUUGCCAAAAGAUGACGAGGGAUAUCAGAGAACAAGCUGUCGUGUAGCAAGGGCGGGAUGGAGUGAAGGGAAAGCGACUAAACACACACCACCAGUCCAAAGUGAUAUCCAGAUCACUCACUCGUCCAGUUCGGAUAAAACCUGCUCUGCCACACCCAUGGAUGUACUGCCCCCAGCCUCCUGGUUCCCAGAGACCUCAGUGUUUAAAUAUCUUACUUCUGUUUGAUCUCACCGUCGACCAUUCCUGCCAUCGCCGACUCAAUAUCAACCGCCAUCCCUAAAAGCAUCAUCUUCAGAGUACUUGUAUAACACCACAUCCUGCUGUACCAGCAAACAUGUUGCCUCCCAAGUCUCCCAACACGUCCUCGACCACCACGACCCUUACACUCCCAUUGAGGGCUGCACCGCCAAAGUCAGUUAUCCUUGAUCCCUAUUUCACCCUCCUGUACGAAGACAACAAGAAGAACUUACAACACUUCCUUGACAACAAAGCGCCUCUUCCUGUCAAGGAAGUUCUCGCCACAUCAAGAUUUGCCGAAUACCUUUUGAGCAAGGAGCCAGGUCCAAGGGUCCAGUACGGAAACCUUCGGCCUGCUCUGAGUGCCAUCCGUUCCUUCUUGGUCAGCUCUCCCGGUGGCAAGAAGCUGUUGGCAUUCUAUAAGCACCUCCUGCAAGUUCAAGGUCGUUGGUUGAUGGCGACAGCCCAGUUGGUCAGCUUUGAACUCUAUGUCAAGCUCACUUACGCCCUCUUCAUCUCCCGUGAUGACAAGAAGCUCUUAGACCAUUUCAUCAAGGUCAUCCCAGGAGCUCUGUCCAAGGUGGCGAACUACAGCAAUGUUGACAGAGCUAGCUUUGACACCUUGCUGAAUCUCGAAAAGAAUCGUCUUCAGGAAGCCAGCUUCAGUGCAGCAGACAGCCUCUUCAACUUCAAAGUCUCUAAGGAAUUCUACCACACUCACGGGAAACUUCUCACUGCCAUCGAGGUGCACGAAGCCAAGCUUGAGGAACUGCGUGAGCGAGCCGCUCGCCGCAAAGCUGAACGGCAGGCUAGGAUUCAAGCCGCGUACACACGAAAUUCAGCUACGCUCAACCGACAGAUGGGUAUGGCUGGUAUGACUCCCCACCAUCCGGAGGUUGAAGCCUCUGUCUGUCAGUACACCAAGGAGAUUCGUAAUGAAUUCUUCUCUUUCAACGAAGAUACUGAUGCUCAAGAGCCUCUCGACUUGACCGGUGAAUAGUACUGGGGGAUCAACUUCACGGUCACAACGUCACUGCUUUCCCGUUGGUGUUCUCUGUCGGCUGCAUAUGGAAUGCUCUUCUUCGAGCCCACCUGUGUAAGGCAACGCUUUCCCUCAUGAGGAUUGGCGUAUCCUAAACAUGAAAGGCAUAAAUCCAAGAGUCAUGUCACUGGCAAGCUCACCAAGAGAAAGGUUGCAUGCACUCGAGCGUAUGGCAUUUGAAUGAGCUUUGGAAAGGACGGAUGCGAUUUUAUGGCCCAUGCCCAGUUGCCAUGAGCCUAAGGAAAAUCCAUUUGGAAUGACUUUCUUGGAUCGAAGUGAACAGGAGAAUUGACUUCUUGUCAAGCAGACAUUGUCGGCCAAAUGAGAAUCAGAAGCAAAUGUCCACCUUCACAUUGAACGGUACAUGAAAGCUUGGUGAUAGGAAUUCCCAAGGGCUUUGCGGAUGGUUUCAAAACACCAAUUCGAGCUCUUGAACAAGACAGACUGCUGCUGCAGGACUUUUUCA